AUGCUUGAAAAAACAAUUCAAACUAUAAAUCAGUUUGAAGAAGAAGUAUUCCCACAAGCAAAAUCAAGUAAUAGAAAAGCAAAACAAGUAAAAAUACCAAGAGCUAUUAAUGAUAUGCUCGAAGAAUAUGAAAGAGAUACAAAUCUAGCAAUCACUAUUUCAAAAGCUAAUAAUGCACAAAAUGAAGAAGCCAGAAGAGCAAUACAAGAUAAAUACAGAGAUUUAUUUGAAUUACCAAAAACAAGAUAUAGAGAAGAAUAUCAAUAUCCUGAACCUCCAGAAUCACCACUAAAAUCACUAACAGAUUUUAAUAAAUCAUCAACUAAUCAAACAAUUGAUAGAUCAGGAUCCUCAAAACAACAUAUUCAUAGCCCUAAAAAACCAUCAAGCUUAAGAAACUCUGUAGACCUUACAAAUACUCCUGAUAUAGUAUUACCAACACCAAUACUAAUUCAAAACAACUAA